UUUAUUCCCUUCGAUGGAGAAAAAGCUUGAGCAGCCAAUAUGCGGCCAAGAGGCCGUGGAUCUUCUCAACUGCGUCACGGAAACGCCGUUCGAUCAAGAGAAAUGUUUCCGCCUCUUGCAGUCUCUCAGAGAAUGUGUUCUCGCUAAGAAAGUGAAGAAGUUUUCGGUACCGACUCAAGACAACGGAGGAGCAUCUUCAGCUAGCAAGAGACCCUGACAAAUAUGAUAUUCUUUGGGGUAAAUUUUCAUUUUGUAAGAACAGGGAAUAUAACCCCUGGCGAGAGAAUAUGUGCGCUUCAAAGCUGAUAAACAAAUGAUCGUAACUAGUAGGUGAAAACAUGGAAAAUGUUUGUAUGCUUAAAGAAUGGAAUUCUUUGGACCGAAGGGCUUUGAUUUUUAAACAAGCUUCAAAAUGCCUUUCAUA